AUGGCUCGCAUCCGCACGCUCGUCGCGGCCGUCGCGGCCAUCGCAACCCUCGCGCUGGCCGACGCCGACCCGAGCGUCGACGUAAAGCCGGCGGCCGUGUACGACGGGGGCGUCGAGGGCGUCGAGAACGCGCCCAUCAAGCUGCGGCUGGGCAACGGCGGCGCGGGUGAGAGCGGCCUGAUCGAGGCCCUCGCCAACGCCUUCAUCCGAGACUCGGUGGCCGAGAAUGGCAACUCGGGCCACUUCAGAGUAGCGUGGUAUAAGAGUGACACGACCUUCACCAUCAAGCACCUGGGGCAGCACCUCAUCGACGCGGGCAUCACGUACAGCGCCGUGGCCGAGGACAUCGCCAUUGACGUGGGCAUCGCCAAGGCGCCGGCGCACUACGCCUUCCGCGACCACUUUGCCCUCGUGGGGCCCAAGGACAACCCGGCGCGCCUCAACGGCUCGGCGUCGGUCACCGGCCUCUUCUCCAAGCUGUACGAGGCUGCCGAGGCGCAGCCCGAGGGCCGCGCGGCGCAGAUCCGGUUCCUCAGCCGGUUCGACAAGUCGGCCACCAAUCUCAAGGAGUCGCAUCUGUGGGCGAGUGUCGGACAGGUCCCCUGGGCAGACCCCGUCUCGGGAUGGUACCACAAGUUCCAAGACUACCCCCUGGAGGCCCUCCGCGCCGCCGUCCACCUGGGCGAGUACACAGUCACGGACCGCGGCACGCUGCUCUCGCUCGAGGCCGGCCUGCGCGCCGAGCUGGCCGUCAUCAAGGCCGGCGGCGACGACGACCCGGAGGACCCGUUGCUCAACCCGGCGCGCCUGCUCAUCGCCCGCAACGCCACAAACGCCGCCACGGCCGACGCCUUUGCGCGCUGGCUCGUGGGCGAGCGCGGCCAGGCCGUCGUCGAGGGCUUCACCUCUAAGACCAGCGGCGAGAAGAUGUACAGCCGCGCGCCGCGGAGCUGA